UACGCAUAAUUUUGUUCGCUCAACUGUCCUUGACUUAUAAAAAAAGUACUAGUCGAUACCUUUUUCAGGAGUUUUGUUAUAACUUUUAUCAAAUUUGUUUAGACUAAAGAAUAGACUUACGAAAUAUCCAGUGGGCAUGUCAACGGCGUAUUGGGAUACUGGUUGUUCCUUACACUGUGCUACAUAUAAUACUGCUAUAUUAAUAUGUGAAAUGCUAUAAUAUACAAAAGUACAUUAUCUAUUUUUUAUGUUUUUAGAACGAUUUAAUAUCACAAGUAGACUAGAGCUACUAAAAUGAUUUAUUCAAUAUAUGAUAUAAUCUACGAGGUAAUAGCUACAAAAAACAAAACUUGUUCUUGAAAUGUUUCAAACAUUACAAAAGUAUAGGCUUAAAAAUUAAUAAGAAGCAGAUAGGUUGUUAUUUUAUUUUUUAUGUGAUUCCAUGAAAUGCGUACUUGUUUUUCCACCAUGUGGUCGGUUUCUUACGCAUGCGUGCUUUGAUCGGAACGGUAUCGGGAACAUAGGGAAGUUUUGAGUUUAUCAUCCAUCGCCACACCCGAUGACGUCACCAGCUAGUAUAUGCAAACUUUUAUACGGAAAGCUUCAGUUGAACAUCGAAAUCGCCGCGAAAAUGUCACGUUUGACUUUCAUCCUUUUAAUUUUAAUAUCAACAAGUUGUGCGAGAAGAUCCGGCGGUGGGAGUUACGGCAGGUACUCGGGACGCGGUUCGCAUGGUUCUCACAGCUACCCACAUUCUACGGGCUACUCUGGAACUGGCAGCAAUACUAGAUAUAUUGGCAAUUAUCACUCCUACCCAGCCUCUACAGGUCUUUCUGGUAACCAACAGAAUUCGCAACUUCAUCAAAAUAUACAACACACGCAGAAUAAGAAUGCUGGUGGCGACCUAUAUCCAGCUUCCACGGGUCUUUCGGGUCAUGGUCAAACUCAACAAAAUAACCAGCACACACCAAACCAAUAUCAUCCACAGAAUUCCCAGUCUGGCGGACACGGAUAUCAUUCAACUAAAACGGAGGUCCACCACCAUUACCAUUACAGUCCACCGCAGCAAAUUACUUACGGGUCUCAUAGUUUCCCCGUUUAUCAUGGUCAACCACCAGUCUAUGUAUACGAGUACAGAGACUCCGGAAGCAGGUUUGAUACGUUGUUAACCGGCUUAGCGUUAUACAACCUCGGGAAAAUGUCAGCUAGUCACAGUUACCACGACCAUUACAAUUAUAAUGAAUACCGAGGCAAUCCAGGAGAAAUAUGCAAAUUGGGAGUGAAAAAGAUGAAUGGGGACUACGAAGAGACCCACAUUGAUUGCAAACUCAUGUCCAGUUUUAUUUGGGAAGCGCACAAUACUCCAACGGAUCAGUCGUCUAAGCACAUAGUCACUACUAGUGUCGUGAAUUCAACUGUGAACUCGAAUGGGACGGUUUCUUCUAUUACUAACACGACGGUAAUUGACGCUUUGACAGUCAAAGGACCAUCCAUAGAAGUAAAACCUGGUAUGGAGUGUUUCCUUAUACGCAUUUCAAGAGACACUUCGAUUUUAAAAAAAUCUGUAGACUGUAACGUAUUACAGUUAUACGCGACGAAGUCUUUACGUAGUGAUAGUUCGAAAAGUGUCCUAGCUAAAAAUAUUUUAAUUAUUUGUUAUUCUUUGUAUUUGUUAUUUUAAAAUAACUUUUUUAAAAACAAAGGAAAUUGUGCGUAUGCUGUGAGUAGUAUCUCUGUCACGUGAUAUUUCGUCCAGACAACGUGUCGCCGUAAACAUCUCUUGGGACUUGUAAAUCGAUAACAGACUUGAAACUUUGCCAAAUAACUGCAUUUCUAUGGGGUGUCUACCCAUGAUCGCAUUAGGAUAAUUAUUCACAUCGUCCCAUUCAAAAAUAUUUUUUGAAUAUUUUUUGUUAUUUUUUAGUAGAAUUAUAUUUAUUUUAGAUAUAAGAAAAAUAGAAACACAACUGAUAUAUCGUUUGUUGUGUCAGUUAUAAUAAAGCUUUGUUGUUUGCAAGGCAUAAAACAAUAAUAAAUAUACUUAAAAUCUAGUUUUUUUUUAGUAUAAAAAACAUAAAUUCUAUUAAUGUUUUUUUACCAAUGCCAAGUUA